AUGUCGCUCUCCCUCAGACUCCAGGGAGCGUUGCGCCUCCCGCUGAUCCCCGAGGUAUUGGCUGGCCUCUUCCCCCGGCUUGGCCACUCCACCGCCAAAGAAACAGACCCCAGACUCGAAGCUCUCCGCGACCACUUGGAGCACCACCACUGCGAAGAGCCGCCGUUCAUGUUCGACAACGGCAUGAUCUUGCGGGCUGCUCCCAAGAAGAAGAUGUCGUACCGCCGACACCGGGUCAAGCUCUAUGCUCCGGGCAACAAGCAGAUCCAGCCGCUCAACAACAUCGUCCGCUGUCCCGCCUGUGGCCACGUGAAGCGGUCCCACUUCAUGUGCAUGCACUGCUUCGCCGAGAUUAAGGCUUUCUUGAAGGGGAAGAAGCGUGACCUCGGCAUCAUCAAGGACAAGCCCAACCCGCAGUCGGACUUGGACCCCGUCGACGAGCGCAUCGUCUACCCGGGCAAGUUCCUUCGCGAGGACCAAAGACGGUUGCGGGAGCGUGACUGGGUCCCCCAGCGCCAGGAGCCGUUGUUGUACAACAAGGCGGAGACCAAACCCAAGAAGUAG